AGCCUGAGUCUAGAUACUGAGCGCUACGCCUGUCACUUCCACAUCAGGCAUGGCAUGAAUGAAAUGUAUAUGACUAAUCUCAAAAUCAGCCUCCAACUACAGUCACUGUGCAGAAAAGGGCGCUGCUGCAUAUAAAGCAAAUGCCAGUGUAAAGUGGUCAGAGGGACUGGUUUCGAAUAUUGUGCGAGUUUGUCAGCUCUGGCACUCAAAAGCAUUUCUCUGGAGGAUUUUUAUUUCAUUUUCAGAAUCCAAUCUCUCCCUCUCUCUUGCUCUCGGAGGCUGGGUGCGGACAUGACUCGCCAGAGGGGCCAGUCCGCUUCGGUGAGUGCGAAGGUGCUGAUCUCGGGGACCUUGUUGGUCACCCUGUUAAACUGCGCGGGGCUGGUGUACCUCUUCUUGCAAUCCAGCAACCUGAGGUCCCAGAUGGAAACUUUGGCGAACCGCUUGGACGUACUAUCGGGGACACGGCCCCUGGGGAUUAUCGCCGAGGACGCCAGUUACCUGGUUGAGCAGAAAAACCGGAACAGGCGAAGCCAUCACGAGCCCCUCGUUCGGGAAGAGCCCGAAGACUCCUUCGUGAUGAUGACGUACUCGAUGAUCCCGGUUCGGAUACUAGUGGACCUAUGCAACAGCACUAAAGGGAUAUGCUUGACAGGGCCACCAGGACCAGUUGGACCUUCAGGCCCUCCCGGUCUGGAUGGGUUACCUGGACUAAAUGGUUCAGAUGGACUCAUGGGGCUUCCUGGACCACCUGGAAAGGAAGGCAAGCGAGCUCGAAAAGCUCCCCCUGGCCCAAAAGGGGAUCCUGGAGAGCCAGGGCCAAAAGGUGACAAAGGAGAACCAGGUCCACCUGGAUUAGAUGGAUUACCAGGUCCAAGAGGUGCACCAGGACCAAAAGGUGAUAAAGGAGAGCCUCACAACGAGAUCAUUUUAGAAGGUCAGAGAGGUCCUUCAGGUCCACCGGGCCCAGCCGGACCACCGGGAUCUCCAGGACCACCAGGUCCCCCUGGUCCACCAGGUUCCAGAGGAAAGUCCAGGAAACAACAGAACUUGGUUAGCUAUGGUGAAGUCCAUGCUGAACCUAAUGACGACACUUUAAUCAGAAGGAUGUCCGCACAGAAAAUACAGACCUCAUUUUCAAAGAAAGCCGGACGCAUCAUAAAGUCAGUGGAUGACCCUGAUAACGUGACAAAGAUAGAUAACACAUUUGGAGCAUGGAUGGAAGACCCUGCACUGAAGCAUAAUGAACAGAUUUGGAUUGUUGAACACUUCUCAGGACUCACAGUUAAAGAAUAUGAAAAUUUGGAAGCACUUAGGAAUGGAACUAACUUCAAAACUAUAACAUUGCCAUACUUUUUCCAUGGCUGUGGUCAUGCAAUAUAUAAUGGUUCGAUUUAUUACCACAAAGGAGGAUCUGACAAUAUUAUAAAAUUUCCACUUGAUGGGAAACAGCUCCAACGUAUGAAAAUGGAAACUGCUUUGCACAACAAUCGUAAUUAUCUUUUUCAAAAUGCAAAGACAUAUUUUGAUUUAACUGCAGACAAAAAUGGACUUUGGAUAAUCUAUGCUUCUAGUAAUGAUGAAAACAUCAUUGUUGGCCAAAUUGAAAUUAGUGAAAAAUCAUUUGAGAUUGUUCAUACUAUUAACACCACUUAUCCCAAAUCAAAGGCUGGGAAUGCAUUCAUUGCACGUGGGAUCCUCUACCUCACUGAUACCAAGGACUCCAAAAUAGCUUUUGCAUAUGAUUUGUUGAAAGAGAAGCAAAUUGAUUUAAGUUUUGAUUUAAGAUCAUCAAAUGAAAUGCUUACAAUGAUAUCCUAUGACCCACAUGAUCAUCAUUUACAUACAUGGGAAAAUGGCUGUUUAAAGAAAUAUGGUUUACAAUUUUUACCAGAUGAAUAAAUGCGGAGGACAGCAAUAUCUCAUGAACGUGCAGCUGGUGCAGCUACUAAUUUGCGAUGCUCACAAGACAAUCUUCUCUAAUGCCAUGUAGAUAAAACUUUAAUAUUUUGACACUUGCAAAAAUUAUCUAAUAUUUUAAAUAUGUCAUGCAACUUCUAUGAUGGAUUGCUAAAUGCUUUCUUUUCCACAAGAUGUUAGAGGUUUACUUGGUAUCAAACUGGUUCACAUGUAACGUCAAAAUAGAUAGAGGUUACAUUUCUACUGUAGUUUAAGUGCCACAUUUGUCAAGGUAGCUGCCCCUUAUCAGUGGCACCAGCAUUGCAGACCAUUACCCACCAUGUAAUACAUCCUAUGGAGAUUGCCAUCACUUACGUCAAAUCUGCUAUUUUAAAACAGUUUAGGGAUCCUUCAUUUCUAAUUUGGAGAAUUCAAAAAAAAAGUGACAUGAAUACAGACAUUCUUGGAUUGGUAGCUACAAUAACUGAAUAUACAUACUUUGUGUAGCUCAGUAAUUUUUCCUCUAUAUUUAUUCAUCAGGUAUUUCAUUGCCGAUGAGGUUAAGUCUGAUUCUGAAUAUAAACAAUCUAAAUCUUAAAAAAAACUGUGCCCCAGUUUGAGUAAGUGGUUGCUGUGUAAUUAUUCUUGAACAUUCUGCAAAUAUGUAAAAGGUACACGUAUCUAUGGCAAUUAUAAUUAAAUGUGCAGUACAACACAGCAUUUAAAUUUGAGACUUGCAAUAAUUUAGAUAUUGCACAAUAAUACAAAUUGCCAUUAGUUCUUAAUAUUGACCAUUCAAGCAGAGUACUGAAAAUGCAUUAUUUUAAGAAUUUCAGCAAUGUGGACAUUGUUAAGUGUGCUUUUUACACCUUGUUAAAAUGUUUUGUAAUGCAACAUUGUGGUAAAUGCCGUUUAUAUUAGUGGCUAAUAAAAAGUAAAGCAGAACAAAUUUCAGUUAAUAUAAUUUAACAUUCCAGCUGCAUGACG